CUAUCUAAGGAAAACACCGUGAGCAAACACCGAGCUUCAGAGAAAGCCUCUGAUUAGCAGAGCUCCCCUCGGGCAGUGCACGCUGGGUGCCUAGCUUUGGCUGCAGUGAGGUGGCAGGGCCAGGGCUGAGGCCAUGUCCACCACCACGUGCCAAGUGGUGGGCUUCCUCCUGUCCUUGCUCGGCUUGGCCGGCUGCAUCGCUGCCACAGGAAUGGACAUGUGGAGCACCCAGGACCUGUAUGACAACCCUGUCACCUCUGUGUUCCAGUACGAAGGGCUGUGGAGGAGCUGCGUGAGGCAGAGCUCGGGCUUCACCGAGUGCCGGCCCUACUUCACCAUCCUAGGCCUUCCAGCCAUGCUGCAGGCGGUGCGAGCCCUGAUGAUCGUGGGAAUCGUGCUUGGCGCCAUCAGCAUCCUUGUGUCCAUCUUUGCUCUGAAAUGCAUUCGCAUUGGAGGCAUGGAGGACUCUGCCAAGGCCAAAAUGACACUGACCUCUGGGAUCAUGUUCAUUCUCUCAGGUAUUUGUGCAAUUAUUGGUGUGUCCGUGUUUGCCAACAUGCUGGUCACUAAUUUCUGGAUGUCCACAGCGAACAUGUACGGCAGCAUGGGUGGGAUGGUACAGACUGUUCAGACCAGGUACACCUUUGGUGCAGCUCUGUUCGUGGGCUGGGUUGCUGGAGGCCUCACACUCAUUGGGGGUGUGCUGAUGUGCAUUGCCUGCCGGGGUCUGGUGCCUGAUCAAACCAACUACAAAGCCGUUUCUUAUCAUGCCUCAGGCCACAAUGUUGCCUACAAGACUGGAGGCUUCAAGGCCAGCACUGCCUUAGGAUCUCCCACCAGGAGCAAGAAGAUCUAUGAUGGGGGUGCCCACAUGGAAGACGAGGCCCAAUCCCACCCUUCCAAGUACGACUAUGUGUAAUGCGCCAACAUCCCUGGGCAUGAGCAGAAGAAACUCUUCCUCAAAGACAGCUCACCAAAAAUCAAGGAGAUUCUACCUUGACUCUUCAUUGCUUUUGACUCAUGGCUGGAAGUUAGCCAAGACUUGAUUUCAUCUGCAGUGAGUCCAAAUUGUCUUGGCCAAAUAUGUCCCUGUCUCUAAAAAUUCCAUCACAAAACAGCUGAGUUACUCUUUAUGAAUUGGAAGUUACGUAGCUCACAUUUUAUAAUCCUGUUUCUUUUCUAAAACAACUUUUAAAAUCUGCCUUAGAAGUGGUUUGAGGGCUGGGGAGAUAGCUCAAUGGAA